AUGAAAUUAUCUAUCUUCAUUUUGGUUGUAUUGACUUUCGCAUUAACCGUUAAUAGCUCGCCAAUUAUUGAAAGAAGGCGAUUCGGUCAGGAGCAUACUCCUGAAGCUGAAUCUGUUUAUAAUUGUAUGGACACACAAACCAAAGGUGUUGCAAUUGAACUUGAAAGAGCUGCUGGUGAUUUAAAGAAUACAACUGUAUUUUCUCUUUUAGCCAACGCUGAUGCAUGUGCUCAGCAAAAUGCCGCUGAUUCAUGCCUCGAUCUUGCUGAUAGAAUUGAAGCUGCACUUGAAUCUAGUAAAGAAGGUAAAGCUAGAAAAAAGGCUCUUUCAAAAGCCAACAAAAAAACCAAAGAAGAAAAAACCGAAAAAGUCGGAAGAGACUGA